GUGACGCCUGCCUGAUAUGUAUAUGCUGUCGCGUGAUGUUUUGGAGUUCGAAAGUAAAAACUUACUCCACAAAAUUCCUCCAAUCUGAGGACUAAUAUACGACCAGAUAUUGCCAGAAUUACGAUAAAAUAUUGCGGUGUUCUUCCCUAGAAGGCAGAUGAUUUUUUACUAAAUGCAAGGCACUGCCAAUUAUGCACUGGGGGUACGACCAGGUCAAAUGGAGAGGACCAGAGGAGGUGGAGCGAGUGAUGAGCAAGAGGACACUCCCAAAGGGGCUUCACUUUCCUGAUGUUGUUGCCACACCAUGGCCAAGGGCAGCAUUUGAAGAGGAUUUUAUUCUGAUUGCAGAAUUCUCUGAGAACGAGGGGCCACGCCCAGUGUUGACUAUACCGUCUGAGGGUGGAGGGACAUUUGACAAGAAUGCUUUUGCUGUUCACGUCAUGUCAGUAGACUACCACGCUCAAGAAAGGAACACAGCCUUUUCGGUUGCAGAGGAUACUCAGCUGUUUCUUUCCGAGAAAAAGGAGAGAGUUUAUGCUUAUGUCCAUCACUUUACCUUGUAUGACAUUCAUGCUAGAGGGUUUGUAAGACCAUUCUGCAUGUGCUACUUGUCACAUUGUAAAAGAAAACUGUUGAACUCAAUGGAACAACUGAUGACAGAAUUCAACAAGGUGUCUAGACUCUUCAGAUUUGGAAACAGAAUCGUGUUUAGCCGGGAUCUUCAUCAAAGACUGCUGGACCUCAUAUCCUUACGAGGCGCAACAGACAACAGAACAAAGUACAAAGAGCACUAUGACCAAGUGUGGAGUGAGACGCAAAGGAUCAUCGAAGCUCUCAAGCCACAUAUGAAUGAUCCUCGGAUCCGUCACCAGUUUGAAGAGCUGGAGAUGCUCGCUAAAAAACGUAACAGGAGCUCUACGGACGCAGCUAAACGUAGCCAUAGGUACAAAGAUGACUGCUCUAUGUCACAAGACCAACAAGGAAAUCACAAGUUAAGGAAAGCUUACUCUCUCUCACGACUGGACGUGCUGUUAAAGCAGCAAGUGGAACAAGAUAGAAAGUCCAGAGUUUUCUCGCCAGCCUAUCUGCACAACUGCAGGCAACUGAGAAACAUGCAUGACCUCUGUGAAUGGGGCGCAAAAGAAGGACUCAACAGGCUACGUAAUAUCCACAGGCAUUUUGUCCAAGAAGCGAUUGCUCUUGAUGUAGAGAGAACAGAGGCACUAUUAAUCGAUCCCCGCCACUCACUCCUGACUGUGGGUCAUAGUGUUGUCACUAAUUUUCUCCACAAAGUUGACCUGAAAAAAUCCAGACAACACUUAUGUACAAAGAUGUGUGCAAUUCAGCCUCAGAUAUCGGCACUGGCUCGCAGACCAUCGCUUGGGAGUUCUGGCAGCUGUUAUAGCUUGGACUCGUUCAAAUCGUGCUUGGAGGAGGACAUCGCAAGUUCAGUACGAUCCUGUGAGAGUGCCCUGUCACCUUUUAUACCCUGUCUCUCGUUCCACAAGGAGAUGCACGGUGAUGAGAAUUGGGAGAGUGGGUACGAGCGCCAAUCGUCCUCGUCACUAUCUGGGUCACCGAGUAGUGACGCAACAGGCAUGCGCAGUGAUGCAUCGACCGCUGACAGCGUUUCUUUCAGUGAAUUUUGUGUGAUCGAUGAUAGUGUUGUCAUUCGCCGACAAAAUAGCGACUUCGAGAUUAAUCGCCAAAACCAACCUCUAAACCAGUUGUCUAGAAAGAGUUACAGUCUGGAAAAUCUACCAUCCAUGCAGCGACCGCGCGACGUCGACUUCCGCCAGAGACUGGACCCUAGUUUAGCCCCAAACCCAUCACGUAUUCACACAGAAGAGACGCAUAAUCUUGUAGGGUCCGGACAAGAGAAGUCCCUCAGUGAAAGUGCGGUCUCUUUUAGGUCCGUUAACCCGGUUAUCAAGCAGGGAGAUUCAAUGCAUCGAAAGCCUAAUGCGACAAGCAAACUCGAGAAGACUCCAUUAAGGUGUUACGUGGAGGAAGUCUGUCAACCGGCCAGCAACGCAUCUGUCCUGAGCCGAGUGUUGGACUUCAAGAACCACUUCAUUUUUGGAAUCCACCUCGCGUUCGCCCUGAUGAGUGGAAGGCCUGUGGUGAUCAUGGCCGAUUCAUCAAAUGAACGGGAGGUGCGUUUGCUGGUUUCUGCUCUUUGGAUGUUUGUGCCUCAGAAGACGAGUGCAAAUGGCUGGGUUGUGUUUCCAUGGCGGCGCAAGCCCCUUCACGUGACAGACCUCGCGUCACUCAAGCUCGCAGGGCUGUGUAAGAGUCGUCAUGGCAACAUGCUGCCAAAGUCCGUAAAGAGAUAUGUAUCUGUCUUAGACUUUGAGACGAGCUGCUUGUUGACUCCUCCUUACAAGGGGAUAUUCCUCAGUACAAUAUUCAAUUCUCGGAACGCUUGGCCGACGAACACAUCCCUUGUGGCUUUUAUUCACAGCGUAUUUCUUGAGUUUGCAUCCAAAGCGUACGUCUACUAUUAUGCUCAUUGCCUAAACGGGCCGAACAAGUGCACGUGCAAUUAUGGGGAUCGUUCGCAGGUGAAGCAACCGAGUGACGAGGUUGAAGUUCUAAAUAGACUUGAGAUUCACUUUUCAGACGCUAAGAUCAUUCAGUAUUUUUGUGAAGUUUUGAAGGACCAACAGAUCGACUUCUUCCACUCAAGUGAACAAGGUCAUCGCCCGCCAAGCAUCUCUGCGGAUCUGUGCCAGUGUAAACAGUUCCGAAAUGUUGCAUCCCUAGACACUGUACAAUAGUUUAGACAAAACGUUUAGACAACAUGGCCUUCCCAAACAAAAGAGAAUUGGGCGAUUGCCCCAUCGAAAGAACGUCACUGAAACGUUUGGUAGAACAUUUAUAUUGAUUACCUACAAUUAUGCAUAUUAUUACCUGGCUGUAAAUUUGACACACAUAAACAAUUUACACAAAGCUACAGCAACACAUUUUGCCUUUUUUAAUCAUAUGGGUAAAGCGUACCCGUUUAAUCGAGAAAAUACGUUAAAAUCAAAUUGAUUUUUAUAAGAUUAUGUUUUUAUAUUAUGGAUCUUCAAUAGGGGACUUGCUCUCAGAGAUCACGAGACAUUUUGGGUGGCAAAUUCAGGCGAAAAUAAACACAGAAAUGACUACGCCCGUCACGCCAGAUAGCGACGAAAUUCAUGAAUAAAAAUAAAUCCUUUCUAUCAUUAAGUAAGUUACUUUAUGAUACUGAUAUUUUGCCGCUAAAAUCCUGAGAGCGCCCUUGUGUGUCACCCCAAAAAGUCACUUGAACAACUCCUGUAAUCCAAAGGGGCUUUAGCAAUACAAGACACACCCUUCAAGAGGGGGGGGGGGGGGGUGAGGGGGAUAAAAAAUUGUGGGUACAACACUUCUACGGAAAUCAAUUCCUGCUUUCACGGCAGGAUCUACAUUAGAAAGUGAUUAAAAGAGUCCUAGUGAGA